CAUGGAGUUAGCUGAUAAAAUUUCGAAAAUAUGCCUUGAAAAGUUCGAUAGUUUGCCCAAAACAGGGAAACCUAAUGUGGAGUUUGAAUGGACAAUUUUGUCGACCAUUGUGAAGGUUGAAAUCAGCGACGGGGAUCCGAAAUUGGCUGUUGUGGCACUUGGUACGGGAACGAAAUGUUUAGGAUCUACCGAACUUAGCGAUAAAGGUGAUAUCAUUAACGACAGUCAUGCGGAAGUUUUGGCCAGAAGAGCGUUUGUACGAUACUUAUUGAAUGAAAUGAAGAAAAGUUUAUCGAAUCGGUCGAAUGUUUUCAACUGCUGCAAGGACAUUGGAAAGUUUGUAUUGAAAGAAAGCGUGUCCUUUCAUUUUUUCACCACCCACAGUCCUUGUGGUGAUGCAAGUAUUUAUGCUCGAUCUGACGUAUUGAACGAUGAACCGACGGCGAAAAGAUUCAGGUCGACCGGUGGUACUUCCGACGUUGGGACGAUUGUAGAACAUGCUGAUGGAAUGACUGGUGGAAAGUUGGUGAGUUCAGCGGAUGGAGAUGAUUUGAUGGCACAACACGUUGGUAUGAUACGGACGAAACCGGGCAAAGGUAUUCGUACGUUGUCGCUGUCUUGCAGUGACAAGAUGGCCCGUUGGAAUGUUCUAGGUGUGCAGGGUUCCCUUCUUAUGUCGCUUCUAGAUGCUCCCAUUUAUCUGGAGAGCAUUGUAUUGUGUGCCGGAACUGAUCACAACAGAGAAGCAAUUGAGCGAGCUUUAUGGAAACGGUGGGACGAGGAAGUGAUACAGGAGACGGUGAACUCUCCUUUCAGACAGAAUCGACCAAAAAUUGUUAUCGCCGACAAUGGAAAGCAUUUUCGAUUUAGGAAAAAUAGAUCCGUUCCAUCUGGAAGUAAAUUUCAACCGGCACCCGGGGGCAUCGUCUGGUGCAGUGGAGUUGAUAAGGAAUUGGAGGUGGAGAUUGGUGGCCGACGGCAGGGCAUCACCAAGAAAAUCCUUGGCACACCGGCAGCCCGACUGAAGAUCUCGAAAAUUGAAUUAUUCUCAGCGUUCGUUGCAGUAAGGAAUGAGCUGCUGGCGUUUCCAAAGGACAACUUGGGCGAUGGAACAAAUUGCUCUGACGUUGGGAUGAAUUUAUCGUCUGAUGCUGGGACGGUUGUUGCUGAUUGUAGCAGCUUACGGUACGUUGACGCAAAGGCGCUGUCUCGGGCGUAUCAUGAACAGUGGACCAGGCUGCGGACUCGAGUGUUUCGGAUCUGGAGUGAGAAACCGAGCAGUUUGCUGAAUUUCACCCUCGAAUCGGGUGCUUUGUCAAAAGAUAGGAAAUACUGAAAUAAAUGUUUU